UGGAAUAUAUGGAAAAGAAGGAAGAAAAACUAGACACACCAUGUCGGACCAGUGACUCACAACAACUCACAAUCUUUCCUCCCACAGGCUUCGCUGCAGCUUUCAGAGCCACUCAAAUCCCCUUCCCCUUCUCUACACACACGAACGCAAGCUCCCAAGAACGCAUCCACCAUUGGAUUUGGAAGCUUCUCCAUGGGACACCGAGCCUCGUAGACGAAGCAGAGGAGACCAGAGAAAUCGAAGAGCAAGGAAGCAAGAAGCAGGGAGCCAUGGCGUUCCUCCUUCCCAAGCUCACAACGCCGUCAGGCCCGUCAUGCAAGUUGCCCCCGAGUCCCCUCCUCAAGCCCCAGCUAGCCCAGCCGGGCCACAGCGGCGGCAAGAUCCAAGGCUCCGUCUCCGGCGCUGGCGCUGCGCAGGUCGCGGCCCCGGGCCACCUCAGUCUCCUUCUCCUACUCAGCGCCCCGCAGCAGGCAGCGGACCCAGCGUCCAAGUCCACGGCGACCAAGAACCGGGGCAAGGGCGGCGGGGAUCCGCAAAGGUCGGAUUUUUACCUCAACCUCGGGACGGCGGUGCGCACGCUGCGGGACGACCUGCCCGACGUCUUCGACCGGGAACCCAACUACGAUAUCUACCGUGAAGACAUCACAUUUGUCGACCCACUAAACACUUUUCAUGGGAUUGACAACUACAAGACUAUCUUCUGGGCACUUAGAUUCCAUGGGCGCCUACUAUUCAGAGAAAUUGGGCUUGAUGUAUCACGCAUUUGGCAACUGACAGAGACUUCAAUAGUUGUCCGGUGGGAGCUGUGGGGCACUCCACGUGUCCCAUGGGAAUCAUAUGGCUGCUUCAGUGGGACGUCGAGAUACAAGGUUGACAGGAAUGGGAAAAUUUACGAGCACAAAGUCGACAACUUGGCAUUGGACUUCCCACGAUCAGUAGCGAAAGUGGGCAGCAUUGCUGACAUGGUAGUCGCCACACCAAGCCCCAAUUUAACGUUUUGGAAUGUGGUUGGGCCAGGUGAUGGUUGCUCAUGGACAAAGCUUUAUGAAGCCGUGGUGGAAGCUGUGGAACGGGAAGAACAUGGUUCCACUGGCAUUGGCGUUGGAGGUCUACCUGUACCCUGCAGCUUUGGCUGCGGCUGUGGCAGCAGUUUUUGAACUGCAGACUACUGUAGCUUGAACUGCUGCAGCCGCAGCUACAGCUGCAACCAGCUCAAACGAGCAGCCAGCUCAAGCGAAUAGGCCAUCACUUGUUCAUAGGAUGGAAUGAGCUCCAGAACUAGUUGCUUGGUAGUUCCUAGGGGAAAUGUAUAGAAUAUAUAUGGGCACAUGAAUCACGAUUCUACUAAUAUCUCUUUGUAUAUUGUAGCUAUAGGGCAGUUAAUUUAGAUAAAACACAUACUAGAUGGCUAUAUUUUGAUUGCCCUUGUGGCAUUGUCUCAUACUGGGCACUUUCACUGCUUUCUUAUGCGAUACAUGGAUUUUGACUC